UAAGGCGUGUGAUUUUUUUACUUCCGUGUUGUGUUAGCUGUCAGCUGUCAAAAUUUCUUCAUAAAUAGAACUUUUUUAACAUUGUCAUGUGAUGUUUAAAAUAUAUAAUAAUUAUUUGUAAAAGUCUGUGUGUGACAGUGUGGGUGUGUGACAAUAUUUACAAAUACUAAAGUCUUUAUUUGUAUAUUUCUUCUUACAAAGUUACAUACUUCAUAAAAUCCUUCUUUGUAUGAAUAUUCUUAAAAUUAAUAGUUUCAUGUUAUAAUAUAAGUGUUCAAAAUGGACUAUCAAUAAAUAUUAAAAAGAAGGAGGAAUGUUAAGUGAAAUUCCAAUCCAGUAAAAUGGCAAGCCGACAACAGUAUGAUGACCCAGCCUCUCAGCCCCUGUUUGGGGAGUCGCAUCCUCAGGAUCGAAUGUGUAAUUUGGUUGUGGCAUCACUAACAGGGAUUAUAGUUGCUGUUACUAUUGUGAGUGCGUUUGUCUUCCCAAAAUGGCCACCGAAGGGUGUCAACAUUUUUUUCGCAGUUGUGAUGCUGUUUAUUGGAGGCUCUCAUCUGAUGCUGAUAUACUGGUAUAGACAAGGAGAUUUAGAUCCGAAAUUCCGUCGCCUGAUUUUCUAUAAUGCAUUUACAAUGAUAAUGCUGUGUGUGGUUGGAAACUUGUACCUGCAUAACGUCAACACAUAGCACAUGCUAGAGAUGGUCCACUGAGUGGGGGCAGUUGUCACAUGCUAGAGAUGGUCCACUGAGUGAAAGCAUUUGUCAAAACCCAGAGUUGAGCCUCACUCUGUGAAAACUGGGCAUAUUACAUGUGUUUAGUGUCUUCCCUGUUAAUCAAGGACCACACUGGGCAUAUUACAAGUGUUAAGUGUCUUCCCUGUUAAUCAAGGACCACACUUUCCGCUGUUAUGGGAUUUUUCAUUGAAAGCUUUGAAAUGGGAACAAUUCAUGUGAUUGAUGGUGUUAAUUUUCUCAAUAAUAGUGUUUUAUAAAUGCAUUGAUGCUUUCAUUUUGUAAGCUUGACUUAAUGUGACUGAAUAGUAGCCAUUUACAGACAUUGCCAAUCAAUUAUCUUUAUUCGACAGCAUCACAUUAGGCAUUUGCUUAUUCAUUGCUGCAUGUACAUGUUCAGUUAGACCUUUUAGGGGAAAAACACAUUUUUUGGCCUCUUUUACUAUGAAAGUUGGCACAUAUUUAUUUACAUUUCAAUUGUAUGCAUAUAAUUAUGUGAGCACAAUUUGGAAACACAACUAGUGUUACUAGUUCCACACAUUCCACAGAAUAAUUGUAAAAAAAUGUUGUUGCAGCAACAAUUAUUUUUUAAAGAUAAUUAAGGCAGGAUGCCAAGAUGAUGUUUAUGUUAAACGCUAAAUGUUGACUACAGUAGUGUCUGAUCAACUAUAGGCUUAGUAAUGGCAAUUGUAGAUGUGCAACAAAACUGUGUGUGGUCUCUAUAUAAUGUUUUGUUAAAUUUAAUUGUCUGAUUGAUGACAUUAAGGAGUAACCUUUUUCUGCUAUAACACAUCUGAAUCAUUUAGUUUUAGUUUCUUUUGUGUUUCAGUAGUAAAUGUAUUAACAUUCUUGUUAUGUAUGUAUAGAAAAUUCUAAAAGACCUUCCAUUUGACAGAAGGCUCAUUUUGAUUAAAUAAACUCAUUUGAACUAUGACAUUUGUGAAAAUGCUCCAUUUUAGUUGGUCCUUAAAUGUAUUACUUGUAAUUUUGUGCCAAUUCACAUGUUAAUUCAUGACAACUUUUCUUAGGUCUACAUGUUGUACAAAUAAUAACACUUUUGUAGUGGAUAGUGUAAAUGACAUAUGUUGCUUUGUUGUUGAAUUAUUGUCUCAACUACAGAUUUGUUGCUGAAGUUUACAAUUUAAUGUAGGCAGAUACAA